CAAGACGGCAUAUGAACGCUCAUUCUUGGUACCGCAGACUGCCCCGUCGAGUAGAUCGAAUCAAGCGUUGGCGGGCCUUUAUACCGGCGAGGGUUCCAGACCAGUCGCGCCCAAUUAUCAGAGAAGCCGCGGUGACCGCGGUCGCUGUUCCAUGAGGUCUCACCGCCGGACCUUCUCCAUGAACCAAGUCCCGACGGGAGGGUACCAAUCUUCGGGGCCGCAGAGGAGUAACCAAGAGGUGAUGCAUGAGCUGCGGACCAGGGCCGAUGAGUUGGAGAGUCUGUUCGCCGCUCGUCGGCCUGGGUCUUCCGGCUGUCGGAUGAGCUCCGUAGGGGGAGUCCGACUCGGGGACGACCGGGUAGAUAGCGCGGACGAGGUCUUCGACGAAAUGCCGUUGGAGUCUUCGGGAGAGCCUACGAGUGGUUUGGUAGAGUUCGAUGGUGAUUUGCUGUUGAAUAUGGUGGAUAAUUUGCAGUACAAUAUGAAACAGAGUCUGUCAGGGAGUUCAAAGGGAAGGCUUUACGAGCAAUACUUGCAGAUGCGGGACGCGAAGCUGAGGCGAGAGCGGGGAUCAGCGAAAUGGGUGCGGAAGAAAGAGGUGAUGAUGGAGAUGGAGGAUGGCUUAGAGAAAAUAUCGGCUGAGAUAGAGGUCCUAUUUGGGGAUUCUGCUGACAGAAAGGAUUCAGUUCUUCUGGGCCAUCACUCCUUGCGAAAGCAGAGGUGUUUCAGUGUUCGUUCUGCAAUAGAAUUCAGAGAGCAGCAUGAUAUGGAGUAUCUUGAUGAACAGGCUCAAUAUGACCAACACAAAUCCCUUGGCACAGUUGGCACAAGGAAGCUUUUAUCUAGCAAAAGUAUAUCUUCCUCGACAUCUCGAAACUUGACAGGACUUGUUCCUAGAUCUUCAAGAACUGCCCACUCUACUUUCACAAAGCAAAGGAUCCAGUCUGUAUAUCCUUCAGCACAAAUGACUCGCGAGUCACCUGACCUGAGGAAGGAAAACAUGAAGCCUCUGGCGCGACUUGGAAAUGUACCCACUCAUUCAGACUGGAGGACAUUUGAUCGAAGCAAGAGCACUGCUGCAGGUAUAGACAGUUAUAAGGAAGAAAGACAGCCAAGGAUUCAUCACACGAGAAACAGCUCUGUUAGUUUUGGUGAACUGAAAGAACUCAUACCACGAAAUUCUGAUAGUUCUAGUCUUGCUCUAUCAAGCUUUCCAAGGGAGAACAAUCAAAACACUGCCUCUAAAAAGAUCCAAAUUAGUGGCGAGCCUAAGACAUUCCUCAGGAGAGGUGGUGGCAUAGGUCCUGGUGCUGGUGCUUCCAUUGCUAAAUCGAGAGCUUCCAAGAUUCCUGAGAGCCAAAGUAAUGGAGAGGAUGAUGAAAAGUUGGUGAAUCAGCAAGAAUAUUCAGCAGAUAUGGUCAGAAACACUGAUGAAGAAUUCGGAAGAACAAAUGAAUUAGGAAGUUCUGGUGAUCAUGAAUAUGUGGCUCAAGAUGAUGGUUCAUCAGCUUUUACUCCAAAUUUUGAUGAGUCUUGUUCGAAUGUGGAUGAGGUGCCAGGAGAAAGGGACUUACAUAUUCAUCCUUCCAUCUCUUCUGUAUACGAGGCAUCUGAUAUUGAUGGCUCUGUGGAUUCUCCUAGAGGCAAUUCAGACACCAGGAACACUCACCACCUUAACCUGAUGCCGGAAGCUGAUGCUGCUAGAGUAAGAAAGAAAUGGGGCGGUGUUGAAAGACUUGUCUUUGCUACUAAUGAAUCUGAUCAACCAUUGAAGGACAUCAAAAAAGUGUUCAAGAAAUUGUUAAGAUUUGGCAGCAAAAGCAAAAAUGCUGAGAAGAGACUGAACGAUUCGAUAUCCACCUCAACAGCAUCCGAAGGUGGUGAUGAUACAGAAGAUGGUUCCAAAAUGGGAAGGCAGUCUGCUAGUGUUGUGUUGCAUGAGGGAAGGAUCUUCUAUGAACAAGCACCACGUUCUCUCGUUUCUUUUCCACGUUUCAACAGCAGAGGAGCCGAAGUAAAAGCUUAGCUCACAGAACAAAGGUCUUGAAAUGUGGUGAUUCGAUUGUAUGUUACAUACAGUGCAUGAUGUGUUGUCAGAGUGUAAAUUAGAAAUUAUUAAUUCGUUUUUUGCUGAAGAAAGUGUCAGAACGUAAUCUAUCAGAAUC